AUGCUUAAAAUUGGUAUAUCAUGUAGAACUCUCACUUUACCCGUUUCAUUGAAGAUGAAAUCAAAUCAACCAUUUUUUUUUCUUUCAGGUUAUGGAAAUAUUGCACCAAGGACUAACUGGGGGAAAAUCGCUACUAUAAUCUACGCUAUCUUCGGCAUACCACUCAUGUUGCUGUAUCUUACCAAUAUCGGUGAUAUCUUGGCCAAGUCCUUUCGGUAUGUGUAUGGGCGAAUCUGCAGUUGCGGUUCUAGCGAUCCUUACAAAAGAAGACGACAUAACAAUCACCACCAUCAUCCGGCCGAAAAUUACAGAGUCCAUCACAUCGUAGCCCAUAAUUCUCCAAACAGGAAUCACCCAAAUUCAGAACCUGGUGUCCAGGAUAAACUUCAUAUGCCGACUGAAGACGAAGUGAGAAUAGAAAAUCUGCCAGAUCUUGAUCUGGAUCUGGAAUACGAAAAGCCCAGAGUAUCUGUACCUAUUACUUUGUGCUUAUUGAUACUUGUCGGAUAUAUCUCCGGCGGAGCGGUGCUGUUUUCUUUGUGGGAGGGAUGGGGAUUUCUGGACGGCUCUUACUUCUGUUUCGUUACCCUCAGUACCAUCGGUUUUGGGGACCUAGUGCCUGGAGAUUCAGUGGUAUCGGAUGAAGGGUCGCAAGAGAAACUUGUAAUUUGCUCGCUAUAUCUUCUUGUCGGCAUGGCCUUGAUAGCAAUGUGCUUCAAUUUGAUGCAAGAAGAAGUUAUACACAAAGUCCGAAACUGCGGCAGGAGGAUUGGCAUUAUUAAAGAUCAAGAAGAAGAGGAUGACAUGGGCUGACAAUGCACUGAAGCUGAGAACGGUUUAAAGUACAGCGACAUGGAUCUUUUUUGCUAAGACCAGACUUCAAUACUUCAAGACACAUGAUGCCAGUAGACGGACGUCAAUGUGCUGGUUUUAAAACUGUUCUCCGCUUCAGAUAUGUGACAGAAUAAACAAUCUAAUGGAAACAUUGCUAAAACUUCGAAGACACUUUUAACAAAUUCUUAAAAAAAUAUAUAACAUGUCACGAAAUGAUCAAACAUUUUUGAACAAAUUGUGAAAGAUCUUCAAGAAGUUUCAUACAAAGGAAAAUUAACUGUUUUUUUUUCUACAUUAGAUGACAAGUUUUUAUAUAAUUUCGGUAGAUAUUCACCUGAACAGGAUUGUUAUCUAUAACUAUUUGUACUAUGUUUGUUGCACAGAAAUGAUGUUUAAACGUUAUGAGAUUAGUAAAGAAAUAUGGAAUUACACUUUAAAAUGAAGUCGUGAAUUUAAGGGUAAUUGUCAGUAAUCAAAUGACAGUUAACAUGAAAGAAACACAUUACACAUCUCUUAUUUACUUCCUUAACGGUAUUUGAAAUUAAAGGUAAAAAGGAAUUCAAUAUUAUUAAUUAUUUUAUGUUCAAAAUAAGUAUUUAACGGCAAAAUGUCAAUAAAUUUAUUUCUGUAAAUUACGAUUCAUUUAUUUGCUUGCAGCAUAAUAUAUUUCAAUUCAGAGUAACAGUAGAGGAAACAUUUAUUGAAACGAUUCAUGAUAACGGCGCUUUUAAUUUUGCAAGUGAUCAAACCGAUUAGCAGAAACUCCGAAACUUAUUGCCUACAUUUAAACAGCGAUAGUAAAAGAUUUUUGCAACAAUUAUGGAUAAUAUAGGACAGUUAUACACCUUUUGUUAGCUGUAUAAACAGUACAGACGUUACUAAUAUUUUAAGAAACAUUUAUCUUAUAUUUAAUUAUCUGUUUACUGAUAACCUAUACACUGAUCCUCUAUACCCUAAUAACCAAUGUGGUACUUACUAUGAAAUCAAAGAUUUUAUUCAUUGUAAGAUGGCAAUAACAACCGAACUGGCUAUCUGAGAAGUGUGUGCUGUAGGAUAAAAAGAAUAAUAAACUAUAAGUGAUUUUUAGGGUAGCUAUCAGAUAAAUAUAAAGAAAAAUGUUUCUAAUCUCAAAACAGCUUACACUAAAAUUAUAAACUUUUAAACAAGAACUUUUUAUACCAAAUAAACAAAGAAAGUUGACAUGCAUAAAAAGGAAACAGGGAAUGUGUUUUUAAUUAAACAUAUGAAAUUGAUCAUUUUAUCGUCUUUAAGUUUAUGGGGAAUCCAGUAUGUUGCAAGCAAUUAAAAUACUAUUCACUUAGAAUUAUUUGUGUGUUUUAAAGGUAAUAUAGAAAU